ACUGUGUUUCUGACGGAGUCUGAUGGAGAGCAAGUUUCUGUCAUUGUGGUAAAAUGUGUAAAGUCCAGAUGCUGAGAGCGUUGGUGAAGCAGCGACUAACUGCGGCUGCUGAAGAGAUAUGUGGGCUGUUUGAAAGAACGAUAGCAGAGUACGAGGAGGAACUCUCUCGAUCAAAAGAGGAGAACGAGCGACAACAGAAACUACUGGACGCUGUUUUACACCCUCAGCUUCAGUUACACAGAGCAGACGACCAGCAGCUGUUGGUGGUUAAAGAGGAGGUUCCCCCUGAACAGCAGGAGUGGAGCUCCAGGCUGGACCAGGAGGACCCAGAGCCCCCACACAUUAAAGAGGAACAGGAGGAACUCUGGAACAGUCAGGAGGGAGAGCAGCUUCAAUGGCUGGAGGAGACUGAUAUCAAGUUCCCAUUCAGCCCUGUCUCUGUGAAGAGUGAAGAAGAUGAUGAAGAGGAACCUCAGUCCUCACAUCUUCAUGAAAGACAGACUGAACAGAUGGAAACAGAGGCUGAUGGAGAGGACCGUGGAGGACCAGCCAGGAACUCUGAUCCAGAUAGUCCUUUACAAUCAGCUACUCAUGAAAAGACUUCACCCUCCUCUGAUUCUGAGACUGAUGACAGUAGAGAUUGGGAGGAGACUAAAGAACCUCAGUCAGGUUCAAACCCUCUGCAAAACAAUGAAGUACCUGUAAGUGAUGAUAGACAAACUGAACAGAUGCAAACAGAGGCUGAUGGAGAGGACUGUGAAGGACCAGAAUCAGCUAGGAACUCAGAUCCAGAUACACAUUUACAACCAGAUACUGAUGACAAGACUAGAGACUGUUCUGAACCUGACACUGAAAACAGUGAUGACUGGAAGGAGACCAGAGAACCUCAGUCAGGUUUAAAGUCUUCAGGAGAACAACCUUACCGCUGCCCAGUGUGUGGAAAAGGUUUCAUUGAACGUGGAGCUUUUAACAAACACAUACCAACUCAUACAGGAGAAAAACCUUUCAGUUGCUCAGUUUGUGAUAAAAGAUUUUUGCGCAAGGCAGAUGUGAAAAUACACAUGAGAACUCAUACAAGAGAGAGACCUUUCAGCUGCUCAGUUUGUCAGAAAUCUUUUACACAGAGUGGACAUUUACAGAAACACACGUUGGUCCAUACCGGAGAGAAACCUUUCACCUGCUCAGUGUGUGGUAAAGGUUUCACUGAAAGUGGAGUUCUUAAGAGACACAUGAGAUCUCAUACAGGAGAGAAACCUUUUGGCUGCUCAUUUUGUAAAAAAUCUUUUACACAGAGUGGACAUUUACAGAGACACAUGAGACUCCACACAGCAGACAAACCUUUCAGCUGCUCAGUGUGUGGUAGAGGUUUCUUUGAAAGUGGAGAUUUGACGAGACACAUGAUAGUUCAUAUAGGAGAGAAACCUUUCAGCUGCUCAGUGUGUGGUAAAGAUUUCUUUGAAAGUGGAGAUUUGACGAGACACAUGAUAGUUCAUACAGGAGAGAACCCCCCUUAAGUUGUUUGGUAAUGUUUUUAUACAAAAGAUAAAUCUGACAUUCCACAUGGGCUGCACAGUGGUCAGCACUGUCGCCUCACAGCUAGAGGGCCGCGGGUUCGAAUCUAGCUUGGGGCCCUUCUGUGUGGAGUUUGCAUGUUCUCCCCGUGUUAGCGUGGGUUUUCUCCAGCUUCCUCCCACAGU